AUGGCAAUCAACGUGUGCCUCGGUCACGCCGUCUUCCCCAGGAGCCAAGCCGAGAAGGCCACCACUGGCGUUCCGCUUAUAGGCAACGGCCAGAUGAAUCCCAGGAGACAGGCGAGCAAUCUCCUCAGCUCCCGGGCCGCCACCAAGGUGAAGGUCGUCACCGGCUUGCCUUUCCUAUUUUGUUUGCUCUUGGGAAGCAGCAGCAGCGCAGUGGAGGGGCCUGUGAAAUAAACGCCUUGUUCUAUGGACUUUCCCGUCGCAGGUGUUCGAGGAUCGUGCCGCGGGCAUCGUCUGCUACAAAGACGAGAAUGGCGAAGUGAUCUGCGAGGGCUACGACGAGGGCCCCCGAUACAGCCGCCACUCCUCCCCGGAGCGCGACCGCCGCCAAAGGUAAACCACCAACCCUCCGCCGGUGAUCCCUGCACAUCUCCCUCUUUCUGCUAGAUCUCUAUCAAAUCAUCCUCCUUCCCGAUCACAUCUCGCUGUGAGCGCAGAGACGUCCGGGAUCCUCCCGGCUUCCCCGAGCCGAGGUGGACGGCGUCGAACGGCGGCCCCCGGGUCCUGCGUAUCAAUGGAUUCGCCGCCGCUCAGGAGGCGGACAAGCACUGA